UACCGACGAGACCCACGAAACGUGGGUAUAGUAGUAUGUUACAAUACAAGAUAUUAUUUUUUUUUAUAUCAGUCAGUUUCUACAGUACAUUACAGUUCAAGUGAUAUUGGUAAUCAAAGUUGCAUGCAUACAGAUAAAAUUCAUUCUACAAAUAGUUAAGUUUGAAUUAAAUAAUGUUUUUCGUUAUUUUCAUUAGGCAAAGAGGACAAAACACAGAUACAGUCCAGCCGAAGUGCAAAAUAUGGUUCGCAUUAAUAUUGCCGAUGAUAAUGUUUGCAUUCUGUUUGAAGGAAUGAGCAAUUUCCAAUAAAUCAUUAAAACUAUAAGUUAAAUCAAAAUCACAUAACUGUCACAAAUAAAGCAAAUAAAAUGAAAUUAUGCUCUUCAAUGCAAGUCAUAUCAGAUUCAAUAAGGUAGAAUAAUUCACAUGCAAGUGAAUACUUCGUCAACGAUGUUUAUCAGCUUAUUUGGACAAAAUUGAACUGAAUUGGCUGCUAAAAGCGGACUAUUAUUUCACUUCAUUAGUGAUUAAACAAAACAAAAAUAUUUUGAUUUGUUUAUAUAUCGUAGCUAAUGCCCCUUUGAUAUUAACUUCGAUGUGGGUAGCAAGUGGUUAAAACGUCCAAACCACAAUUUGAAAAAAGUGUAAAGAAUCAAAUUUAUCUCGAUUACAUAAUAUUUCAUUGACAUGGUUGUGUAAAAUAUGUUUUGUAAACCGAAACUCUUAAAAGGUCAUAUUAUCAAACAUGUCAACUUAGAAUGUCCAUGCAUAUGCAUGUCAUUCACAUUAAAUUAGAUCACAACCCUCCUCCAUACAUUUAGACAAUGUACAAUAUACAAACACAUAGUAAAACGCACAGUAAAACUCGAGUAUAAAGUUUGAUUUGGUGACCGUAGAAAAUAAGUAAAAUGACAAUGAUUACCAUCCAUAACCAAAAAGACAACUCGCAGUUAAGAGCCUGACAGUUCCAGACCUCAACUGAAUGGUUUUGCCAUUUGGUGUAGGACUUUUCGUUAUGAGUUUCAUCAAAGUUCGGUAUUUUUGCUUUUUUACUCUUUGAAACGUCAAAUAGUUUAGUCAGGCAUAUAAAUACAAAUAAAUAGUCAUACUAUUUAUAUAAGUUUUGAUUCUUAAGGUUUCGCUUCAUUUUAAAUUAACUGAUUUCACACACAAGAGAUAAUUAUACAAUUUAAUGAAAAAGAAAAGGCUAAAAGUUUACAACUGAUGGUAUUUUUCUUAUAACCAUGCUGCCAAAUACAAAUUGUUGAUCAUUUUACGGUUCAGUAAAUCGUCUUCUUUUUAUUGCUCUAAAACAUAAUUCAAUUUGUAUUUUCUUUCGUUUUUUUUUUAUUAAAUGAAGCCAUUUUAUGUUGCGGCUAUUGAUUUUGGAACAACAUUUACCGGAUAUGCAUCUAUGAGUAGAAAUGUAUUUCUAUCAGAAACGAAAACAAUAGAAGGAAAAGAAUGGCAUACCGAUAGGUGGAUAAGACACAAAACUCCAACUUCUAUUUUGUUUGAUGAAAGCCAACUAUUUCACAGCUUUGGAUAUGAAGCGGAAAUGUUUUAUAGUGAUAAUAUUGGCAGCAACACCAUCAAUUUGGACAAUUGGCAUUUUUUCCAGAAUGUAAAGUCGGACAUUUCUGAAAAGCAGGACCAUUUACUAGAUGACCAAUUCAUGCUUUAUGAUAUUCGAAAGAAAAACAGGAUGGAAGGGAUAAUCGUGAUUUCUGAAAUAAUAAGAUACCUUAAGGAAGACUUUCUUAAAAUUUUGAAUCAACGACUGCCCGAUUUUGACAACCAUCUUGUCCAUUGGAUAUUGACUGUUCCUGUUAUUUGGGAUUCAACGACACGCGGAUUUAUCAGAAAAGCAGCAAUUAUGGCUGGAAUACCUAGCCAUAAACAAACGAUCAUUCUUGAACCAGAUGCAGCUGCCUUUUACUGUGAUACGAAAGAAGUGGUAAUCUCACAAGGAACAGAUGGUUGUAUGUCAUUACAACAGAUGCCUUUGGGUGUUAAAUACCUGGUUGUCGAUCUUGGUGGUGGUACAAUAGAUAUUACUGUACAUAAGAAAGAACAAAAAAGAAAUGAUUCAUAUCAGAAAAAAGCACUAGGUCUUAAAUGGGGUGGUAAAAAAGUCAAUGACUGCUUUGAGGAAUAUUGUUCAUCGGAGUUUAAACGUUUUACAGCAUUCAAAAGAAAGCAUCCAGAUGAUUAUCUGCAUUUAAUGGAAAACUUUGAACAAGAAAAAAUGCAGUUUAACGUUGAUAAAAUGAAUAAAAGGGGAAAUGUCAAAGUUGGACUUCCUGCAUCAUUUCCAAAAGUUGAUACGACUAAAUUAUCCAUCACAUCAGAUAUAUUUCGUUCGUUCUACGACACUCCAAUAAACGGACUGAUAGAAAAAUUAAACCAGUUAUUACAAUCUGAUGUAAAUGAAAUGCAAGACAUAAAACUUAUUCUUGUCGUUGGUGGCUUUGCUGAAUCCUCAAUCGUUAUUAAUGAACUGAAGAAAAAUUUCCGUAACUUUGAUAUAGUUGUUCCUGAAAAACCUGGAUUAGCAGUAAUGCAUGGAGCUGUUCUGUUUGGCUUUUUAAGAGAUCUCGAGGAUAACAACGUAAAUUUGACAGAGAGAACCCCAAGACGGAAUACGGAAAGGCAAGCCAAUUCAUCAAGGCAUCGUUCCCGUAGUGACGGAAAGAAAGUUAAACAUUUCCUCUCAGACAUCGUUGGAAGAGAAAUUAUAAAGGCAAUGAGAAAGGAACAAUUAACUCAGUUGGUUGGACAAUUUCAAGACAAGAUUUCAAAAUUCAAAAACGAACAUGUAGAAAGAGAUAAAGUAAUAGUAACACUUCCAAUUGAGCUUCGUGAUCUGUAUAAAAAUAAAAAUAACAAAACGUUGGAAGACGGCUUAACAACAUUCACUGAUGACGUCAGCUGUAGAAGGGAUAAAUUAAUAAUUACAUCGUCAUUUUUUCGAAAAAGCUUUCUUUAGAUUUGUGACUGGCCCGUGAGAACCUGUUUCUUUAAAGUUGAUUUUCUGUUCAAUAUAUAUUGUAAUCGAAUUAUGAGCUUCCCUAUUUUUGUCUCUAUUCUUCCUUUUAUCGUGCGUAUAGCAUAUAUUUAUUCUGUAAUCCUUAUGUUUUGGUCUCAGAGUAAGAUGUGGUUGUUUAAAUAUAUGGGAUAGGAGUUUUAUUUUUACCAUUUUUAUAACAGGGAUAUGCAUAUAAUCGUGAGCGUGGUAUUAAUGCUCGACUUUGUCAUUUGUAACAUGUGUAAAGCAAGAUCGAUUUGCAUUUGAAUAUCCUCAUUCAUGUUUUUCUAUACAGUUCUUUGACUUACUUUUUAUUAGACGGUUGCUAAAAUAGCAGAUCAUUCUCAUAAUAAUUCUACUGCUGAUAUACAUUUAAAAACCUCUAUCGUUGUAUGUGUGUUAAUAUUUCUUUAAAUAAUUAAACAACAAAUAAUGUUCUGUCAAACUUAUUUAUAUUCAAGGCUUACGUCGUCCAAAUUAAAACAAAAUCUUAGACCAAGUUUUAAUUAUAAAAUUUUGCCUGUACCAAGUCAGGAAUAUGACAGUUCUUGUCCAUUCGUUUUUGAUGCGUUUUGUUUUUUGAUUUUGCCAUGUGAUUAUGAACUUUCCAAAUUGAUUUUCCUCUGAGUUCAGUAUUUUUGUGAUUUUACUUUUUUUUUUGAAUGUCUAGAUAAAACAAUGAUAUUCAAUCAUGCUUUUGAUGAUUUAUCGCCAAUCGCAGGAAUAUUUUAACGAUGUUCAUUAUUUUGAUAUCAAAAAUAAUACCUGUAGACAUUUAUAUGGUAUAUUCUUUCAAUAUAGACUCAUAUCGAUAUCAUGCUGAAAUCUUUGUGAGCCAGAGGAACGCUGCAAUACGAAAUAUUUAAAGGACAAUUAAAUUACGAAAUUGAAGAGCAUAACUUGCAGAAAAUUGAAGAGGACCCGAAGUACCGAAAGAAUUCAUAGUUUUUAAUCAUCCACCAAAUUAACACACUUUUACUAUUUACAAACAUUAAGUUAGUUGAAUAAUUUGUUUUUUUCAGACUUGGUGUCAGUAUUUCUCAUAGCAAUUUUUAUACGAAAGCCAUGAUACACUGUUUUCAUUCGAUUGUUAACUUCCUCUUACUUUCAUUGUAAUGUAUGUUAGUCCCUUUUACGGAGUGUACAUCAUUUCUCAUCCAUGCACCAUGAAGAUGUUGCUGUCAUGUGUGAGAUUUAAAAUAUCACAAGUAUAUGGUUGUCAUUUUGA